ACUGUCACACGUGUACUUUCUCCUCACAUUAAGCUGACUGUACAUCUCCGACGCUGUUCAUUUUUCGAUUAAUUUGCUCCUUGACUCCUUCACGAUAGAAGGGAGGUGAAUCUCUUCGCCGCCAUUUUUAGUGGAACUGCCUAUUGAAGAGAGAAACUUUGCCAGCUACUAGCUGCUGCCUGACGUUAGCAGCUAGCUAGCUGGUCAGUAGCUUGCCUGCCUACCAGCUCGUUGUGACAGUUAACGUUUGACAGUCGUUAGCCAGGGCAGGCUGCUUCACGUAGAUUUAUCCUGUGGCCGGCCAGUAUAAAUGCAAAAGAUAACGGUUAUUGCUAAAACAAGAAAGCUACACUCGAAGUCAGCGUUAACGUCUAAAUUGGGCAGGGCACUCUUGUGGUUAGGUUAGCAUUGCUAAAUUAUCAGCUAACGAGUUCACACUUUGAUUUCUCUGGACUGCAUUGCCUCGUCUGUGAUUUCCUCUUCUCACUCGGAGCCGUGUUAAUCAGCCAUUCAAACCCCACAUGUCAACCUGUAUGGAUUCAUUUUAACGAGGUGCCAAUGUGCUGGUUCCUCAGGCCCAUCCAUUACGGCAGAUGAAUCCUCAGCUGCUUUGGCGUAGCUCAGCACCCAGAUAGUCCCAUCCCCUCUGCGUGGGUCAGAAGGGACUACAUUAAACAGGAUGCCUGCCUCUGUAAGGGCAGGGAGCCUGAAGGACCCAGAUGUGGCUGAGCUUUUCUUCAAAGAAGAUCCAGAGAAGCUUUUCUCUGACCUCCGAGAGAUUGGCCAUGGCAGCUUUGGCGCUGUCUACUUUGCACGGGACAUUCGCACAAACGAGGUGGUGGCAAUUAAAAAGAUGUCCUACAAUGGCAAACAGUCUAAUGAGAAAUGGCAGGACAUUAUAAAGGAAGUGAAGUUCCUCCAGAGGAUCCGGCACCCUAACAGUAUAGAAUACAAAGGUUGUUACCUCCGAGAGCACACGGCAUGGCUGGUGAUGGAGUACUGUCUGGGCUCAGCCUCCGAUCUGCUAGAGGUUCAUAAAAAACCUCUUCAAGAAGUAGAGAUUGCUGCCAUUACCCACGGUGCUCUGCAGGGGCUGGCCUACCUUCAUUCCCACAACAUGAUCCACAGGGAUGUGAAGGCAGGUAACAUUCUGCUGACGGAGCCUGGGCUGGUCAAACUGGCUGACUUUGGCUCUGCCUCCAUCGCCUCACCUGCAAACUCCUUUGUGGGAACGCCAUAUUGGAUGGCCCCGGAGGUGAUUCUAGCGAUGGAUGAGGGCCAGUAUGAUGGGAAGGUGGAUAUCUGGUCCUUAGGGAUCACCUGUAUAGAAUUAGCGGAGAGGAAGCCUCCCUUGUUCAACAUGAAUGCAAUGAGUGCCUUAUACCACAUAGCGCAGAAUGAGAGCCCCACACUGCAAUCCAGUGAAUGGACGGAUUACUUUAGAAAUUUUAUCGAUUCUUGCCUUCAGAAAAUCCCCCAGGACAGACCACACUCUGACGACAUGCUUGGUCAUGCAUUUCUGCAGCGUGAGCGUCCGGACUCGGUGCUGAUGGAUCUUAUCCAGAGGACCAAGGAUGCAGUGCGAGAGCUGGACAACCUGCAGUAUCGCAAGAUGAAGAAGAUCCUCCUUCAGGAGGCCCACAACGGACCCGCAGCAGAAGUCCAGGAGGGAGAUGAGGAGCUGGAGCCGGGCGGAGGUCGGACGGGAACAGUGAACAGUGUCGGCAGCAAUCAGUCCAUACCCAGCAUGUCCAUCAGCGCCAGCUCUCAGAGCAGCUCCGUCAACAGUCUGAACGAGGCGGCGCAGGACAGCCGCAGCGAGCUGGACCUGAUGGAGGGAGACCACACCGUCAUGUCCAACAGCUCCGUCAUACACCUUAAACCGGAAGAAGAGGAGAGUUUGUCUGUGGAUCAGGCAGCCACCAGUCCACCCGAUGAGCCCCAGCCAGCAGCAGCUCCGGCCCCGAGGAAGCACUAUCGCAAUAGAGAGCACUUUGCCACCAUACGCACAGCAUCACUUGUGACCCGUGAGAUGCAGGAACACGAGCAGGACUCGGAGCUGCGGGAGCAGAUGUCAGGAUACAAACGCAUGAGACGGCAGCAUCAGAAGCACCUGAUGGGUCUGGAGAACAAACUGAAAGGGGAGAUGGAUGAGCACAGGCUGAGGCUGGACAAAGAGCUGGAGAGUCAGAGGAACAACUUCACCCAGGAGAUGGAGAAGCUGCUCAAAAAACACCAGGCUGCUCUGGACAAAGACCUGAAGACGUUUACCAACGAUGAGAAGAAGUUCCAGCAGCACAUCCAGGUUCAGCAGAAGAAAGAGCUCAGCAGCUUCCUGGAGUCACAGAAGCGAGAGUAUAAACUACGCAAGGAGCAGCUCAAAGAGGAACUGAGCGAGAACCAGUCGACUCCCAAGAAAGAGAAGCAGGAGUGGCUGUCGAAGCAGAAGGAAAACAUCCAACACUUCCAGGCGGAGGAGGAGGCCAACCUGCUGAGGAGACAGAGGCAAUACCUGGAGCUGGAGUGUCGGCGGUUUAAACGCAGGAUCCUCAUCGCCAGACACAAUGUGGAGCAGGAUCUGGCCCGAGAGGAGCUGAACAAACGGCAGACACAGAAGGACCUGGAGCACGCCAUGCUGCUCAGACACCACGAGUCGAUGCAGGAGCUGGAGUUCAGGCACCUGGGGACCAUCCAGAGGGCCAGGGCGGAUCUGAUCCGGACCCAGCACCAGACGGAGCUCACCAACCAGCUGGAAUACAACAAGAGGAGGGAGAGGGAGCUGAGGCGCAAGCAUGUCAUGGAGGUCCGGCAGCAGCCCAAGAGCCUCAAGUCUAAGGAGCUUCAGAUUAAGAAGCAGUUCCAGGAGACUUGUAAAACCCAGACCAGGCAGUACAAGGCCCUUAGGAACCAUCUGCUGGAGACCACGCCCAAGUCUGAUCACAAGGCGGUGCUCAAGAGGCUGAAGGAGGAGCAGACCAGGAAGCUGGCCAUCCUGGCCGAGCAAUACGACCACUCCAUCAACGAAAUGCUCUCUACGCAGGCUCUGCGGUUAGACGAGGCUCAAGAGGGGGAGUGUCAGGUUCUGAGGAUGCAGCUGCAGCAGGAGCUGGAGCUGCUCAACGCGUACCAGAGUAAGAUAAAGAUGCAAACAGACGCGCAGCACGACAAAGAGAGGAGGGAGCUGGAGCAGAGGGUCUCUCUGCGGAGGGCUCUGCUGGAGCAGAAAAUUGAGGAGGAAAUGCUUUCGUUGCAGAACGAGCGUCUGGAGCGAAUCCGCUCACUGCUGGAGCGCCAGGCCCGAGAGAUCGAGGCUUUUGACUCAGAGUCCAUGCGGCUGGGCUUCAGCAACAUGGUGCUCACUAACCUUGGUCCUGAUUGCCCGGGAGGCUGGGGGGGAGGAAGCGGAGCUGGCCAGGGAGCUCAGGGGGGAGGCCACUGGCCAGGCGGAGGUGGAGCAGGAGGUCAUCAUAGUCAUCACCACCAGGGGGGCUCCAGCUCGCAGCAGCCCUGGGGUCACCCCAUGCUGGCCGGGGGCCCGCCACCCUGGAGCCUUCACCACCCUGGAGGAGGGAAUCAGAGGGGAAGCUCGGGGGGUGCAGGAGGGGUGAGGAACAGCCCACAGGCUAUGAGAAGGACGUCAUCAGGGGGGAGAAAUGAACAGGGCAUGAGCAGGAGCGCCAGCAUCACCUCUCAGAUUUCAAACGGAUCCCACCUGUCGUACACCUAGAACACACACACACACACACACACACACUCACACUCACACUCACACUCACACUCACACUCACACUCACACUCACACACAGACAUGCAUGCACCACACAUGCUUCAUAUACACUUGCAGUUCCUCUCCCAUCACUCCUGCUGUCUAACAUCAGCUAGCAGCAGUCUGUGGAAGCCCAAAAGUCUUGAGAACAAUCCAAGAUGGCUGACGGCCACGUCCAGUACAGUGUCACUUUCUCUCUAGCCUGCAGGGAGUUUUAUGUGUUGCCAUGUUAGUCUCUGUUGCCAUAGACCCAAAGUAGUAUUUUCCUAUUAUCUGCCAUGGAGUUUUUAAAUUCAGGAUUUUGUUUGGAAGUCUGAUGUUUUGCUGCACUCAGUUUAAAAACAUGUUCCCUUUAUUCACUCACAGCUGGAGAUUUCAUAGCAUCGUUCUGAUAAAGUUUACUGAGAUUAUUGUUUAGGUGCAGUUACGGACCAAUGAGAAGGCAGGUGGCAAUGUAGGGACUGACGUUGGACAGCUCUGGGAGGAAUAUGCAAAGGAAGCGAAGGUUGUUGAAAGUGAGUACCCGUGGGUAAAUCUGACUUUAUAGUAGUAGCACAGGGACGUCCAAGGUGUCAUGAAAAGCUAAAAGUAUGCAAUAUUUAAUUCCAGCCUGAGUGACUGAACUGAUAAGCUUAUCCUCAAAUAGAGAGCAAUCUAACCAGGGGAAUCACCAUGUGCAGUGUUUUAGUGGAAUGAGUAUUUAGGAGUUACUGUGUAGAAGCCAAUGGUGUUCAGAUGUGUCAUGCCAUCAUACUGUUAUGUCUUUAAUGAUAUUGUGCCAGAGAUGUUUUUGGAAGUUCCGUAUUGCUAUGCUUAUAUUAGGCCAAGUUAGAUGCAUGCGUUGCUGGCUUAGAGGAGAGAAGGGAGCCAUUUCUUGUGCAUGCUCGGCCUCUUUGUCUCGGCUCCUGGGUUUCCACAGUCCUCUGCCCACUCAUCACUCACGCCCGCCUAGUGGACGGCCAGUCUGAGGGACACUCAUGACGGGGAUGGGUUUUCAGCAGCGCCUAACCUCUAUUGUAAAAUAAUUAAUACUAGUGAUUAAUCCUCACUUUUGUGCAGUUCAUUUUCUGGUUCCAAACACUGGGCACUGUGUGGGUGAUUAAAAGCGAUGCCCUAUGCAGGAAAAAAAAACAAAUCUUUCUCCAACAAACUGAACCACGCCUGUUGGUCUACCUCAAGAACACUCGAGCAGGGCUUAACCACAGGGGGCCGUGACUUUAAAAAGGACUUCGCAGGCCUUUCCCCACACUUGAUAAUCAGAUUUACACACACAUGCAUACAUACAAUAGUCUUUUUUAUUCCCAAGUCAAACGGUAUUUCCCUUUGCACACCUGGUUGUUAAAUGCAUGUACGGGGUAACAUUUGUGAAAAUGCGAUGGGACAUAAAAGAGUUUAAAAAGGACAAAAUCUUCAAGGCACUUAAAUGGCUGUAAAUGAGCAACAAUAUCCAUAUCAGUUGCCUUGAAAAUGUCUUAAGGGUUUUUUAGAAAAUAAAAAAAAGGACAUUUAAGGGGCUAGAGUUACAGAGAGCUGGUCGGUGCUGAAUGUCGUUGGAGGUUUAGCGGUGAUGCUGUGAUCUCCGCUGCUGUGCCCCUGCUCCUCUCCCUGGUCUGACGUCCCGCUCUGUCUCACUCCCCUGAGACUCCCGACGUUAUAUUCUGACCUUUCCACCUCCCAAUUCCCUCCUCCUCCAUCGUUCCCUCCCUCCCCAGUGCCUGGUGUGGGCUUCACCCCUUCCCUGAUCUAUUUGGAAAGAGCGCUUUAAGUGAAGAAAAAAAAGACGAACGUAUAUGUUUUAUUAUAAAAAUCUAUAAAAAAGGAUUAUAGAGAAAUAAAGAUGUGGAAGUCUUAUUGUGAAAUGCAGAGAUUAUGCAUUGUAUUGAUUUUCAGAGGUGGAAUGUACAGGAAACCUGUUAAUAGUGUAUAUUUUGAACUUGAAAAUAUGGAAAUCUAACGGACAAAUCAAAGAUAAAAUUAACUAGUUGUGAUGCAGACACAGUGAUGUGGUUUUAGACCAGCGGUGUUCAGAUAAGCACUCACUGUCUUACUCGUAGCUGCGAGUUCUCAAACCUGUUCCAGAUAUUCUGUUGUGAAUAAUAACAACACAACUCUCGGUCGGAUUGCCUUAACUAAAUGGUAACAUUUAGUUUAAUGCUGAAUGAGGAUGAUUUUACUUUAUUUUACUGACCCAUGAUAGAAGACUCACCCUGUAUACUUAGGUUUUCCUUUUUCCAUUUUUUGAAGACUGGCUGAAAGUCAAGGUUAUAGUGACAUAGAAAAAAAGAAAGAACUGUCUUUUAAAGAAAUCUCUAAACCUGGAAAGCUGCUGAAUUCUACAACAUUGGUCGCAUAAAAAACAUGUGUAUGUGCUCCACACCCCACACUGUUGGUGAAGAUGGUAAAUAUAUCUGUUUUUGGAUAUCUACAAAGGGUCACUCUAAAGUGAUAAUCAUUUGGACUGGAUUUCUGCAACAUGUGCCCCCUUAGGUUGUUAUAAAAAAAGCAUUAUUAUUAUUAUUUUCAUCAAAUUGUACCUUCCAGCACUCAGAAUUAAUAGACACUUGAAAACAGAUUGUGGUUGUCCCAGUUUCCCCGUCAACAAAUACGCGAUUACACCAAACACCUUUUAUCAACAGUUCUGAAGUGUUGUAUUUCCUUUUAUGCCAGAAAAGGUCAUGUUAUGUUUGAGGUGAUUUCGGCAGAGGGACAAACGCGUUGCAGAAUUUAAAAUCUCUCAUGUUUACGAGAGCUCCCAGGUGUUUUGCGAGGCAGCCGGGGCAAAGUCUAGUUUUAGACCUCGGUCGCUCUGAACUGGAUCAGUUGCACUGAUUGCACAAGUGAUUGUCCAGAUUAAAGUGUGUACUGUGAUCCCCUCAGUGUCGCAGAGGGACGGCUGCCAUUGGCUGAAAGUAGGCGGGAGGCGGGGUAUCGUCUCUGUACAGUCUGUAUCAGUAUUCCCUUUAUGUCACUUGGUGGAUCUUGCUGUUUUAUUCUCCGUAGUCCAGAGACCUGUAUUAAACUGUAUUAAAUUGUAUAGAUUGUGCAAAAAGCUGAAUGUCGCAUAGCAGAAGUGAAGAGCUAUUCCUUACAGAUGACAAAGUGAUUUAAAAUGUAUAAAAGACAUUGAGAAACAAAGUUUAGGGGAUAAAUGUAAUAUUUUGUUUGUAAUUACUCUUUGUUUGAAGAGGGCUACUGGAUAAAGAAUCAUCUGUAAUAAAGUAAUUUUAAUAUUU